CCCCAGCCCGCCCACCGCCGCUAUAGGGCCGACCGGGGGGCGGCGAGGGCAGAGCCCCGCGCAGCAUGGCCGCGGCGCGGCCGCGGCGCAGCCGCUUGGCGCCCGCUGCCUCGGCGCCGGGCCUCUGGCUCUUCUGGGCGCUCUUCUCGCCUCUCUUCACCCUCUGCCCCGCGCAGCUAGUGCCCCCCGGCUCUCGCGGGGCCGGGCUCAGCCUCCACCCGCCGUAUUUCAACGUGGCCGAGACAGCCCGCAUCUGGGCGACGGCCACCUGCGGGGAGGAGGCGAGCGGCGGCGGGAGGCCGGAGCUGUACUGCAAGCUGGUGGGGGGACCGGCGGCUGCCCCGCUGGGGCGCGCCAUCCAGGGACAGUUUUGUGAUUAUUGCAAUGCUGCUGAUCCCAGCAAAGCUCACCCGGUAACUAAUGCGAUUGAUGGAACCGAGCGCUGGUGGCAAAGUCCUUCUCUUUCUAUGGGCUUAAAGUACAAUGAAGUCAAUGUCACUUUAGAUCUGGGACAGCUCUUCCAUGUUGCCUACAUCCUUAUCAAGUUUGCAAAUUCUCCUCGCCCAGAUCUCUGGAUCUUAGAAAGAUCAGUGGAUUUUGGAAGAAGUUACACUCCCUGGCAAUAUUUUGCUCACUCCAAAGCAGAUUGUUUGGAAUGUUUCGGAAAGGAAGCUAAUGUUCCUGUGAGGAGGGACAAUGAUGUCAUUUGCACUACAGAGUAUUCUCGCAUUGUGCCUCUUGAAAAUGGAGAGAUUGUGGUAUCCUUGGUAAAUGGCCGCCCAGGAGCAAAAAACUUCACUUACUCCCCUAGUCUGAGAGAAUUCACAAAAGCAACAAACAUUCGCCUUCAUUUUCUCAGAACCAAUACACUUCUUGGACACUUGAUAUCAAAAGCUCAACGGGACCCCACUGUAACCCGCAGGUAUUACUACAGUAUAAAGGACAUCAGUAUUGGCGGUCGAUGUGUUUGCCAUGGCCAUGCUGAAGUAUGUAAUGCAAAGAGUGCUGAAAAGCAAUACCAGUUUCAGUGUGAAUGUCAGCAUAAUACUUGUGGGGAAACCUGCAAUCACUGCUGUCCUGGAUAUAAUCAGAAACAGUGGCAAGCUGCAACAGCUGGGAACAUGAAUAUAUGUGAACCCUGCAAUUGCCAUGGACAUGCCACUGAUUGCUACUAUGAUGCUGAUGUUGAUCGGCGUCAUGAAAGCUUAAACAUCCAAGGGCAUUACGAAGGUGGAGGAGUCUGCAUUAACUGCCAGCAUAACACAGCUGGUGUUAACUGUGAGAAAUGUGCAAAAGGUUACUAUCGUCCUUACGGUGUUCCAGUGAGGGCUCAUGAUGGCUGUACACCCUGCAGUUGUAACUUGGAGCAUGCAGAGGGCUGUGAGGAAGGGUCUGGCCGCUGUUACUGUAAACAGAAUUUCCAGGGAGAAAGCUGUGAGCAAUGUGCAGAUGGAUUCUAUGGUUUUCCAUUUUGUAUCCGUAUUCCUGUUUAUCCUUUUACUUCGCCAAAUCCAAGAGAUGCUAUGGCUGGUGACAUAGUAGAAUGCAACUGUGGUGCUCGUGGCUCAGUGGCCAAUACAUGUGGUCCUAGAGGUCAGUGUCUGUGCCAUAGUAACUAUGCUGGGCUUAGGUGCGACCAGUGUGCUCCAGGUUAUUACAGCUAUCCCAGCUGCUUGCGAAUCAACAGUGAAUGUGACCCUUCAGGCAGCUUUGGGUCUCAUUUUGGCUAUUGUCAAUGUCUUCAGCAUGUUGAAGGUCCUACCUGCAGUAAAUGCAAACCCUUGUACUGGAACCUGGCCAAAGAAAACCCUGAGGGAUGUACAGCAUGCCAGUGUGAUGUGAGUGGAACAUUAAGUGGAGUUGGAGAAUGUCAGCAGGAAAAUGGACGCUGUUAUUGCAAAUCUAAUGUUUGUGGAGAUUCCUGUGACACUUGUGAAGCUGGUUAUUAUGCUCUGGAAAACAAGAACUAUCUUGGCUGCCGAGGGUGUCAGUGUGAUGUUGGAGGAUCCAUCAGUUCUGUGUGUGCUGAGCCCUCGGGUGCCUGCCAAUGCAGAAAACACAUUGUGGGGAUGGCCUGUCAGGAGCCUGAAAAAAACUACUUUUUCCCUGAUCUGCACCACAUGAAGUUUGAGAUUGAAGAUGGUACUACUGUCAAAGGAAGGGGAAUUCGGUUUGGUUACGAUCCUGAGGAAUUUCCUGGCUUCAGUUGGAGAGGAUAUGCCUGGAUGUCCUCUAUACAAAACGAAGUGAGGAUAACUUUGAAUGUGGAAAAAUCAAACCUCUACUCAUUUCGCAUUAUCCUGAGAUAUAUUAACUCCGGAAGUGCAACAUUAUCUGGCCGCAUAUCUGCUUGUCAAUCUCGGCCUGAAACAGGGGCUGCUCAGAGCAAAGAAUUUGUCUUCCCACCCAGCAAGGAGCCAGCUUUUGUCACAAUCCCAGGAAAAAGCUUCGCAGAACCUUUCUCACUGGUUCCAGGCACUUGGAUUGUCAGUAUAAUGGCAGAGGAAGUCCUCUUGGAUUAUAUGGUGCUGUUACCUAGUGAUUAUUACGAAGCAUCCAUCUUGCAGUUACAAGUUACUGAACCUUGCACCUAUUCAGGACGUGCUUUGACAGAAAACUGCUUGCUUUAUCAGCAUUUGCCAUUGGGCAGAUUCUCCUGUGUCCUUGGUUCAGAAGCAGCAUAUUUCACAAAUGCGGGAGAAUACCGAAAAACACCUGUUCGACAGCCAACUCCUGAUCAUCCAGUGAUGUCCCAUAUCAGCGGAAGAGAGGUCAGUUUUCAGAUGACCAUAAAUGUUCCUCAAGUCGGUCGCUACGUUCUGGUUUUUGAAUAUGCCAAUGAAGAGGACCAGUUAUACACUGCUGAGGUGAUAAUAAAUAGUCCUGGACCUGUCACCGAAGGCAGAGUGAACAUAUACAGUUGUAAAUACAGUUUCCUUUGUCGCAGUGUUGUAGUUGAUGAUAGGAGUCGCAUUGCAGCCUAUGACCUUCUAGCAGAUACAAAGAUACAUCUUAAGGCAUCAUCAGUUAAUUUUCUUCUGCACAAAGUUUGUAUUAUAUCAGCUGAAGAAUUUUCUCUAGAAUACACAGAGCCUAAAGUACACUGCAUAGCUGCUUACCAGAGUACCCACGACAGAAGUGCAACAUGCAUUCCUUCAGUGUAUGAAACUCCACCAGUGGCUUUGGUUUUGGAUGCAUUCAAGGAUGGAAAAAUUUCCGAAGUGCAGAGAAGUAUACUCUAUGAUCCACUGAGUGCUCCUUUACCUUCUGACCCAAUUAAUGGAGUCACCUUGACACCUUUACAGAACCAGAUCACCUUGAGUGGGAGAGUGCCCCACUUGGGCAGAUACGUAUUUGUGGUACAUUUUUAUCAGCCAGCACACCCAGCAUUCUCUGUGCAAGUGCGUGUGGAUGCAGGACACACGUGGUCAGGUUCCUUCAAUGCUUCAUUCUGCCCUCAUACCGCUGGCUGUCGGGAUCAGGUGAUUGCAGAAAGCCAAAUUGAACUUGAUGUUUCUGAACCUGAGGUCUCUGUUAUGGUAAUGAUACCUGAUGGAAGAAUGCUCUUUAUGGAAAACAUCUUAGUUGUUCCAGCAGAUGACUACAGUUACAAAAUUCUUGAAAAAAAGACUGUGGACAAGUCAUUUGAUUUUAUCAGCCAGUGUGGAGGAAACAGUUUUUAUAUCGACCCAGAAAGAUCAUCAGCCUUCUGUAAGGAUUCUAUGAGGUCGCUAGUGGCUUUCUACAAUAACGGAGCAGUGUCGUGUAAUUGCCAUAGAGCAGGUGCCACAAGCCCUACUUGCAGCCCCAUGGGAGGACAGUGUAUUUGCAGACCGAAUGUCAUUGGUCGUCGGUGUAGUCGAUGCCAAACUGGCUACUAUGGAUUUCCAUUCUGCAAGUCAUGCAACUGUGGCCAGCGUCUUUGUGAUGACAUAACUGGUAAAUGCAUUUGCCCUCCUCAAACGAUGAAACCAAAAUGUGAAGUGUGCAAGGAACAUUAUUUCAGCUAUCACCCUCUUGCUGGCUGUGAAAACUGCAACUGUUCAGACAGAGGCGUUGUUAAUGUGGCAAGUCCAGAAUGUGAUAAAAACAACGGGCAAUGCAAAUGCAAACCAGGAAUAAAGGGACGGCAGUGUGAUCGGUGUGGUCCUGGUACUUAUGGUUUCCCAAACUGCGUUCCAUGUAAUUGCAACAGAGGUGGAACAGAACCAGAUGUUUGUGAUCCCCAGAUAGGAAUUUGUCUCUGCAAGGAGAAUGUUGAAGGUGCAGAAUGUGAUGUUUGCCAGCCAGGAUCAUUUUAUCUGGACCCUUCUAAUCCCAAGGGAUGCACCUCUUGCUUUUGUUUUGGGGCAACCAACAACUGUCGCAGUACAAAUCGUCGUAGAACCAAGUUUGUCGACAUGCGGAACUGGCGCUUGGAGACAGUGAAUAAAAACAUUGACAUUCCAGUAACCUUCAAUCCAGUCAGUAAUAGUGUUGUGGCUGAUGUUCAAGAAUUGCCUACUUCAGUGCAUAGUUUGUACUGGAAAGCACCGCCAUCUUACCUGGGAGAGAAGCUUUCUUCAUAUGGUGGCUACCUAAGUUACCAAGUGAAAUCAUUUGGCUUACCUAGUGAAGGCAUGGCUCUUCUGGAUAAGAGACCUGAUAUACAACUGACAGGCCAGCAGAUGAAAGUAGUUUAUGUGGAUCCUAACAACCCACUGCCUGACCGUCAAUAUUAUGGCCGUGUACAGCUAGUUGAGGGAAGCUUCAGGCAUUCCAGCAGCAAUAAGUUUGUAUCCAGAGAAGAAUUGAUGGUAAUCCUGUCUAGACUAGAUGGCUUACACAUCAGAGGCCUUUACUUCACGGAGACUCAGCGAUUAACCCUUGGUGAGGUUGGGCUGGAAGAAGCCACCAACACAGGAAGUGGCAGCAUUGCGUACAAUGUAGAGACAUGCUCCUGCCCUCCUGAGUAUGCUGGUGACUCAUGUCAGGAAUGCAGCCUUGGAUUUUAUCGUGAGACUAUGGGAUUAUUUACUGGACGCUGUGUUCCCUGCAACUGCAAUGGAAAUUCAAAUAGAUGUCAAGAUGGUUCUGGAAAAUGUAUUAACUGUCAGUAUAAUACUGCUGGGGAGAAAUGUGAGCGCUGUAAAGAUGGUUAUUUUGGAGAUGCCACUCAAAGUUCCUGUCGGACGUGCCCUUGCCCUUAUACAAACAGAUUUGCAACUGGCUGUGUGGCAAAUGGUGAAGAAAUUCAGUGUCUAUGCAAAGAAGGCUAUACUGGAGUUCGUUGCGAACGCUGUGCUCCUGGAUAUUUUGGAAAUCCACAAAAAUAUGGAGGCUACUGUCAAAAAUGUAAUUGCAAUAAUAAUGGCCAGCUGGCUAGCUGUGACCACCUGACUGGAGAAUGUUUAAAUAAUGAACCAAAAGAUGUGGACCCUGAUGAAGAUUGUGACUCUUGCGAUAGCUGUGUGAUUACGUUGCUGAAGGAUUUGAGCACAAUAGGUGAUGAGCUUCAGCUGAUUAAGUCUCAGCUGCAAAAUGUCCAUGCGAGUACCCACACAUUGGAGCAGAUGAGACGUUUGGAAACACGCAUCAAGGACUUAAAGGUCUUACUGAACAAUUACCGUUCUGUUGUUCAUAAUCAGGGUUCAAAGGUAGAUGAGUUGGAGACCUCCAACUUCAUUAACCUAAAUCGUGAUGUAAAUGCUCUCCAGGAAAAGGCUGAAAUGAACUACAAGACAGCAGAGAGAUUAUUUAAUAAUUUUGGUGAAACUAAUCAGAAAGGAAAGGAUUUGGUUUCAAGAAUACAAAUAGUUGUCAAUAAUAUACAAGUGCUCUUGGAACAAAUAGCUGGUACAAAUGCAGAGGGUAACAAUUUGCCCUUGGGGGAUGCUGCCAAAGAACUGGCUGAAGCUCAACGAAUGAUGACAGAGAUGCGAAACCGCAACUUUGGCCAACUGCAAACAGAUGCAGAGGAGGAGAGAAAAGAAGCUCAGCUGCUACUCGCACAUGUUAAGAGUGAACUACAAAAGUACCACCAAGAAAAUCAUGGGCUUGUUAAAAUUGUGAGGGAUUCAUUGAAUGAAUAUGAAUCCAAACUCACUGAUCUUCAUGAAGCUCUGAAUGAGGCCACUGGACAAAUCAAGCAGGCUGAAAAUUUAAACAGAGAUAAUGGAGUUCUGUUGGAAGACAUUAAGAAACGGACUGACGAGACAAAUGUACAACAGAACAAUAUCUUGGAUAUUUUGAGCUCUGCCCAAACUUCCCUGACACAAGCUAACAGUGUCCUUGGAUUAUUGCAGAAGAGCAAAGAGGAAUAUGAAACUUUGGCUGCUCAGCUUGAUGGAGCAAGGAAGGAUCUGAACGAAAAGCUGGCAAACGGUUCCUUAUCAGCCAGCAAAGAACCUCUGGUGGUGAGGGCUGAAGAUCAUGCCAAAUCUUUGCAAGCCUUGGCAAAACAAUUGGAUGAAAUAAAGAACAAUGCCAGGAAGGAUGAGUUGGUAAGCUGUGCUGUGGAAGCUUCUACUGCCUAUGACAACAUUAUUAACGCCAUCAAAGCAGCGGAGGAAGCAGCCAACAGAGCUGGGAGUGCAGCUGACUCAGCUUUAUUGACAGUGAAGAGAGAAGACCUAUCAGGAAGAGCUGCAAGGUUAAAAGCUGAGAGCAGUGCGCUCUUGAACCAAGCACAGGAGACUGAAAAAACAUUAAAAGUUAUUGGUCCAAACCUUGAAGAUAUAAAUCGAAGAGUUGGUGUUGUUGAUGGACAGAAGGAUGAACUACAAAUUGAUCUUGUCACUCUUGAAAAUAAUCUCAAUGGGAUAAACAGAGAUGAUAUUGACAGCAAAAUCACCAAUGCAAAGAGCAUGGUAAAAAGUGCCAUGGAUGUCACGACUAAUGUAUUAGGUGAACUGCUCCCAAUUCAAGCAGAUGUAGAAAAAAUUAAGAGUACCUAUGGAAGCACACAGAGUGCUGACUUCAAUAAAGUGUUGAUGGAGGCAAACAAUUCAGUAACAACAUUGACAAACACACUUCCGGAUCUAUUCAGCAAGAUCGAGAGUAUUAACCAACAGCUGAUGCCAAUAAGCAACAUCUCUGAGAAUGUAAAUCGCAUAAGAGAGCUUAUUCAGCAGGCAAGAGAUGCUGCAAACAAGGUGGCUAUUCCUAUGAGGUUCAAUGGCAGCUCUGGGGUAGAAGUUCAGCCUCCAAGGAACCUUGAAGAUUUGAGAGGCUAUACUUCACUUUCUUUCUUUCUCCAAAGACCUCAGAAAAGAUCAGACGUCCUCCAGAGGGCACCAAAUAUGUUUGUCCUGUAUCUGGGUAAUAAAGAUGCUUCCCAGGACUACAUCGGUAUGGCCCUGAAACGUGGUCACCUCACUUGUGUCUAUAACCUGGGAGGCAGUGAAGCGGAAAUAGAUGUGGAACCAUUGGUGACUGAGAGCAACACUGAGGAAGCCAUUUUAGAUCAAGUUAAGUUUGAAAGGAUUUACCAGUAUGUGAAGCUGAAUUACAUCAAAGCAGCUACAUCAACUUCUCCAGAGUAUGAAAAGCCUUUGAAUGGGAACAGUGGAGAAAGUCACACUCUCCUAAAUCUUGAUCCCAGCAAUGUUGUCUUUUAUGUUGGAGGAUACCCACCAGAUUUUAGGCCUCCGCAUAAGCUAGACUAUCCUCAUUAUGAAGGCUGCAUUGAAUUAGAUAACCUAAAUGAGAAUGUUAUCAGCCUGUACAACUUCAAGAGGACAUUUAAUCUCAAUACCACUGAAGUGCAACCGUGCAGAAGGUAUAAAGAAGAGUCUGACCAAAGCUAUUUUGAAGGCACUGGUUAUGCCAGUGUCACAUCUAAAGAAACAAAUGCUUACAUGCCAGCACGCUAUGAACAGACAAUUCAGACUACUGCAGAUGAAGGCCUAGUGUUUUUUGCAGCAAAUGAGGAUCAGUUCAUCAGUGUACUCAUUAAAAAUGGUCAUCCAGUUUUUAGAUACAAAAUUGACUCUGGGCCUCCAAAGGAAAUAGAAAACAAUGCAACUGUAAAUGAUGGAACAUAUAAACAAAUUAGUUUGUUGCUUGCUAGGAGUAAGAAUGUUGUUCAUGUCAGUCCUGGUAUUAGUGCCAACAUAAAUAUCUUCAGUUUCACUAAGUACUACCUGGGUGGAAUUCCAUCUUCUCUACGGGAACGCUUUAAUAUAUCCACACCUCCAUUCCGGGGCUGCAUGAAGAAUGUGAAAAACCCUAGAACUGCAUCUGUUAUUUUUGAUGAGACUGUUGGUGUCAGCAAGAAAUGUUCAGAUGACUGGAAGAUUGUCAGAUCUGCAGCUUUCUCCAGGGAGGGAACACUGAGCCUGAGCGCGGCAGGUUUCCCAUUUCCCAAGGAUUUCCAAGUCAGCUUUGGCUUUCGCACCAUGGCAUCAACUGGAACACUCUUAAAUUACCAUCCUAAUAUUCUUAUCUUCCUGAGACCUGGCUCUGUAGUUGUAAGGAUGGGAGAGACGGAAAAUGAACUGAACAAGAAAUAUGAAGAUGGGUCAAUGUAUUAUGUGACAGUCGUAAAAAAUGAUGACAUACUAAGACUGCUGGUUGAUGAUGAGCCUGUGUCAAUGACAGUUGACUCUCCAGGACCACAGACAUUAAACCAGCCUAUAAGAUUUGGUGGAGAUGAUUUUGAAGGGUGCAUCUCAAACAUCUUUAUAGAAAGGGCAGGUCAGCCCCCUGAGGUUCAAAAUCUAGUUGACUACACUAGAAAGACUGGUGUGUCUCUUGGAGCUUGCCGCCAAUACAACUUUGAACCAAUGCUGCUGAAAGAAUUCAAAAAUCCUCUCAGGUUUAAGAUGCUCAAGUUACAGAAUGAAAAAUACCUUGAUUAUCUAACAGAUGCUGAAGUGCAGCAGGACCAGCAAAACCAUGCUUUGCCAACUCAGUUAAAUGUCAGCAGUGGGGCCUAUCUGUUUGGAAAUACUCACAACAGUUUUGUGUCAUACGCAUUUUCCCCAGUGUCCCCUACAGACAGGUUACAUUUUUCUGUAGAUGUACGGACUCGAUCAUCAAGAGGAUUAAUUUUUUUUGUGGAGGAAAAAUUCGAGAACUCUUACAUGGCACUCCACAUUUCAAAAGGACGUUUUGUCUUUUCACUUGUUUCUGGAGGAAAACGAAUCAAAAUCAAAACUGAUACUAAAUACCAUGAUGGGCAAUGGCACAGUGUGGUAUUCAGCAGAGAUGGGAAGAAUAUCCAUCUUGUUGUCAAUGGUCUAAGGGCACAGCAUGGAAGAUUAGCAACAGAUUCUGCCACCAGCAUUAAGCCACCGAUCUACUUGGGAGGGUUGCCAUCACUGAAAAGACAGAUUAUGCCAGUGAACGGUUUCAAAGGUUGCCUGAAGAAUUUCAAGAUGAACGGAAAAGUCAUGAAUAUACCUCAGCAAAAAAAUGGUGUACUUCCAUGUCUGGAUGUUCCCAUGGAAACUGGGAUUUAUUUCUUUAAUGAAGGAGGAUAUAUCACCAUUGAUAAUUUGGUGAUGGGCUUGGAUUUUAGGAUUGUAUUUACUAUUCAACCAAGGAGCUCAACAAGUGUACUGCUCCAUUCUGGAAGCAAGCAAGACAGCUACUUGACUGUUUACAUAGAAGGAGGAAAGCUCAUUGCUACAGGAAAUAAUGGGGCUGGAGAGUUUCAGACAUCUGUCACACCUAAGCAAUCUUUGUCUAAUGGACAGUGGCAUACAAUUGCAGUCUCUCAGAAGGAGAACACCAUGCGGCUAGAGGUAGGCACACAGAGUAACUAUACCACUGGACUUCUACCCUUUACUCCUAGACAUAUGCGUCAGCCACUCUACUUCGGCAGAAUUCCAGCAAAUUUGGCCACACCAUGGCUUCCAGUUAAAGAUCCAUUUUUUGGCUGUCUUCGGAAUAUUAACAUAAAUGACAAACCUGUCUCUGUCAACAAAAUUUCAGAGGUUCAUGGUGUAGUGAAUUUGCAUGGAUGCCCUGCCAAGUAACUUCACUGUUACGCUACUCACUACACUACUUCAGUACUUUGUGAAUUCAUGCAAUGUGGGUUCCCUUUUCCUGAUGACUGUGUCACUGUCAUCAGGCUGGUUAUUCAGAAUGGCUGGUGAGCAAAUGCAUCCUCUGGAUGUGGACUGUGCCAAAGCAAAUUGAAAGUAUUGGAUUUGAUAAACUCCCUGUUAAAUGUUAUUGAUUUCCAAGGUAAUCCAUUGUGUCUUUUGAAAAUAGAUGCAUAAAAUCUAAAACAGGAUUGUGUAUACACCUACUGGGCCAAAUUUUGCUCUCACUCAUAACAGCAUAGUAUUGAGUAACUCCAGUGUCUUAAUUUUGGAAAUUUGUCUUAAUGCUGGUCAUCUUGAGAGCAAAUUUGAUCCACAAAUAUAAAGAAUUUUUAUAAAAAUAUAAAUUUCUUUGGAGUGAUGAACAGAAUGUUUAUACAGAAAUGUACAUUAAUGUUAAAAGUAAUAAUAAUAAUAUAAAUGGAAUUUGAAGCACUUUAAGGAGUGAAACUCUGGGAGUUUGUUACAAUGCUAGGAAUUUGGGGGCCAAAUAAAUGCAGUAUGUUCUGUAAA